AGAACAAUUGCGGAACGAAGAAGCAUGUCAGUCCUAUCAGGAUUAAACACUAAAGUUGUCAAAAAUGGUGAUCCAGCUCCAGCUCCACCAGCUUCAGGAACCAUUCGUAUCUACAAUAUGCGAUAUUGCCCAUGGGCUCAACGUGCUCUAAUCUUUGCGUCUCUCAAAAAGAUCCCGACCGAAGUAAUCAACAUCCAUUUGGAUCAAAAACCAGAUUGGUUUUUCACGAAACAUUACAAAGGACAAGUUCCAGCACUAGAGCACGACGAGGGAAAGAAAAUUGUGAUUGAGUCAGCUGUGAUUCCAGAAUAUUUGGAUGAUAUCUAUCCAGAACCUCGUAUUAUUCCAACUGACCAUUACGAGAAAGUUCAGCAAAAGUUAUUGUUGGAUAGAAUCAGUGGACAACUUUCUUCUGCAUUCUACGGUGUUGUUCAAGCGGCCAAAAUUUCUGAUCUUCUCAAGGAAAAACUAGUUGAACUUGCAAAAGCAUAUGAUACAGCAGAGGAACUCUUGACUGGAGAUUUUUAUUCAGGAACAUCAAAACCAGGAUUUGUCGAUUAUCUCAUAUAUCCGAACAUUCAACGUGCUUUCUGGACUUCCCAUAUCAUCAAGGAUUUCCCAUUAAAAGUAGAAUCGUUCCCAGGACCAAACUAUCCGAAACUAUCUAAAUGGUAUAAAAGAUUGGAUUCAAUUCCAGAAGUUAUUGCUACCAGCCAACCAACUGAAACAGCAGUUGAGUUCUUCAAAAGCUGGAUUAUUGGAGCACCAAACUUUGACUAUGGAUUGUAAAUAUCUUCUCUUCGUUACAAAUUGCAUAUGAGUAUUUGAAUGUAAAUAAACUUUUUGGAGAGA